AUGUGUAAGGGGCUGUACCAGCAAACCAACAAGCAGGUCCAUGAGGUCCAGUCUUACAUGGGGCACCUGGAGACUUCAGACAAGGAGUCAGUGCACUUGGUAGAGAAUGAGAUUCAGGCAAGAAUAGACAACAUAUUCAGCAACCUGGAACGUCUGGAAAUCCUGUCCAGCAAAGAACCUCCCAACAAGAGGCAGAGUGCCAAACUGCGAGUGGACCAGCUGAAAUACGACGUGCAGCACCUGCAGACAGCCCUGAGGAACUUCCAGCACCGCCGGUACCUGCGGGAGCAGCAGGAGAGGCAGCGGGAGGAGCUGCUGGCCCGCACCUUCACCACCAAUGACUCUGACACCACCAUCCCGAUCGACGAAACCUUGCAGUUUAAUGAAUCCCUGCAGAGUGCCCACCGAGGCAUGGAUGAGCUUAUUGGCAGUGGCACCAACAUCCUGGCUGGGCUGAGAGACCAGAGAGUCACUUUAAAGGGCACCCACAAGAAGAUCCUGGACGUUGCCAACAUGCUGGGGCUGUCCAACACGGUGAUGCGGCUGAUCGAGAAGCGCGCCUUCCAGGACAAGUUCCUCAUGCUGGGGGGCAUGGCUGUCACCUGCCUCAUCAUGUUCCUUGUUGUGCAGUACCUGACAUGAGCUGCUGGCCUCCUGCAAGAGGACUGACUGCCUCCAGAACUGAAUUUCCUCUGGGUGCUGCUUUGGAUGAGCCCUUCCCGUGGACUUCAGAGUUUACAAAUCCCGCUGGGACAGCGUCAUGUGGAAGGCACGUUGGGAAAUGGAUGUGUCAGGAAAUGGGAGGGACACUGUGCUUGAGAAUGGCCCUGUGAAAAUAAGCCCUGGCCUUUACUGCUCUCCCCUCAAGCCUGCAGGUUAAUAGGAAGCAGAAGUGAACGUUGUGCCCAGCUGUAGCAAGGCAGGAAUGUCCCUUUGGGCACACAGGGAUGGGAGGAUGCAGAGGCACAGCCUAGGAUGCUGCCAGUCUUUCUGACCUGACCCCCUGCAUUUUGCAGUGCAAGAAUGGCACAGAGAAUUUCAGUGUUCAUGGGACUGAGUGUGCAAAAAGAUCUGGGAAGUGAAGGGCUCCCAUCUGCUUGGAGGAGGAUGUGUGGGGAGGAGUCUUAGAACGGUUAUGACCUCAGUGAACUUCACACACAGUAUCACCCAGCACACAUCUCUCUGGUUUAGGCUGAAAUGCUGCUCUGCUCCUCUGAGGGAUGUUCUGGUGCCUCUCUCUGCCACUCUUCCUCCUGCUUCCACUGGGAUGCACAUCAGGCCUGUGGCAUCUCCCUGGGCCUCCUGCCAAAUGCAGCCUCCAAAACUGAGAUUGUUAAUGCUGCAGCACAGAGCUUUGGGGAGCUGUGUUCAUUUGCUGAGGUGCAGGUUGGGUUUGGGGCUCUGGAGCUGGAAAUUCUGAGUGGAUGGAGCAGUUGAGUCUCCCUGUACUCCCUGGAGGUGUGGGGUUGUUCAGAGCUGGAGCAGGUUCUGCACACCUGAGUAAUGGUGGGAUCAGCACAACAGGCCCUGGCACUGAACAUCAGCUUGGUCAGGAGAGUUUCCUCAACUCUGUGCCUUGGCAUGGAGAAUCCCCACCCUUGGCAAGAGCAUUCCUGUGCUGCCCUUUGCACCCGUGGAGUUCCUGUGAGGGACACUCAGCUGUGUCACCUCCUGGGGUGGUGCUGGCUCACACUCAUCCCUUUGGGCUCAUUCCCUGGCCCAGUGAAACUGGAGCUGUGAGAUCCUGGCACUGCUUCCCCUGCAGCCUGGGGGUGUGUGAUGGAGGUGGCAUUUUGGGAUCAUCCAUUUCAGUCACCCUGCAGAUCCAUUCCCAUCCCCAUGUGUGACAGUUCUGGAGCGUUCCCUGGUGUCUGACAGUGGCACAGAUGGGUCAUACAGAGAUGAUGCUGGCAAUUCCUUCCCUCUUUCCUGUCUGGAAUGGUUGUGGGUCUCUGAAUUAAUAAGUAAUCACAAGCUCUACAUUCUGCUGACUGCACCGAGCUUUGCUUUUAUUAUGUGUUGCAAACUGAGAGAAAGGGUUUUAAUAACUGAAAAAAAUGUUAGAAUGAAUUUUAGGGACUGUGGGCCAUGGGACAGGGCCAUGCUGGUGAGCAGAGCUGAGUGACCAGUGGCCCCUGUUCAUGGGCUUCUCCAUGUGUUUGAUACUUUCCUGCUAUUUCUCCAAGUGUUUCCUGCUCUUGGAGUUCCCCAUCUGUCCAGGUUUUCCAAGGAAAUACUGCAGCAAAGCAAGCAUGGAGCUGGUUUUCAUUUGAGCCCAAGGAAUUAAGGAAUGAAAAGGAAAAGAGGCAAUCUGCAGUGAUGGAGCAUCUGUCUGGCUGUGUAACAGAAAUCAUAAAUCCAAAUUUGCCUGAAAUUUAUUUUGGAUAUGAAAUCUGAUGGAUUCAGCCCUUGAGAGGGCAGCUGAGCACUUGCAGGGGGUCCCUGGGAAAUGUCAGUUCUGAUGAACUGAUGUGGUUCCACUGGAUUUUAGUGUUGGGGUUUAAGGGUCCCUGGGAAAUGUCAGUUCUGAUGAACUGAUGUGGUUCCACUGGAUUUUCCAGUGUGGGGGUUUAAGGCUGUCACUGUUUGAAGUUUCAGGGUUUGUCUUUCAUCAAGGUGGGACUCUGGCCAAUCUCUCUCCUUUUGGGCUAUGGUAGGAGCCAUAAAAUACUUGGAACUGGAUUUUUCUUCUGUUUCUGAGCCUAGCUUGCCAUUUUAAUAGAUAUUUUCCUGUUGAUUUAUUUUGCCUCUGGACUCUCUUGUCCCUGCACAGAUUUCCUCUUGGUGAGCCAAGUGUCCUUGCUGCCCAUGACACCCAAAGGUGACACUUGGGGCUUGAAGGAACCACCUAAGCUGGAUGUGGGGACAUGUGACAUCAGAAAUGUUUGUGGUGCCUGUAAAUCCAAAGAGAUUCCAAGGAAAUCUCAGGUGGAUUGUGUGAAACCCAAAAACCCCAUGGCAGUGGGACAGGGGUGCUUCCUUCAAGCCCCACAUUUCCCCUUUGGCUGCAGUGGGACUGAGCUGGAGCCCUGCUGGGAUUGUGGCUGUGCCAGAGGAAAUGAGCUGGAGGCUUUGCUGCUGCAGCUUGGUGGUGUUUCCUUCCUCAGCAAACACCUCACUCACUUCUGCUUCCAAACUGUGGCACGAGUCCAGCUCUGGGGUGAGCUGGUCUCAGGAGGGGACUGUGGGAAUUCACUUGCCUCUGGAAUAAAACUUUUUAUUUUACCAGUAUUUUAUACAUAAAGGAACGAGGGUGGGACGUGAUUCAUGUGAUGUUCUGUGAAUAAAGAUUUUUUUCAACCAAA